ACAAGAAGCGCAGGUGAUCUUCAAACGUUCCGCUGUUUGCCUCCACCUUCCAAACUGACUUUCGCACCAAACUUCCGUCAGACGUCCAGCAUGAGCGGAGGCAAACACCAUGGAUGUGCCACAUGAGGCGGACCGGAGAAACUGAAACCACCGCUCAAAGUUUGUCUGUAGAAAUCACUGUGACUCCGACUAAGCAAACAAACAACUUUAUUCGUGUUUUUCUCAAAAACAUCACUUGUCGCCUGCCACUUGGGAUUGCUUGGAUUCCGCGGUGUGUCUUUAUAUGUUCAGCUGGGGAGACGCGUAGCUUUUCGGCGUGGUCCGCUAAAAGGAAGGUGACAUGCAGGUUCUCAGCUGGACCAUAGUUCUCCUGAGCCAGUGGAUCCUACGGAAGGUCCAAGGGUUGGAGAGGCAAGUGGACUUCUCAGAUCUGGGCCCGGUGGGGGCGGUGAUGAAGACUCUUCCAUACGGCAUGGGCGGAGGCACCGUUGGAGGAGUAGUUAAGCCGCCGUACCAAACCAUCUUCUCCACACCGAUCGAUCAGACACCGGUGAAAUCCAAGCCACCCCCGUACAGUUCCUAUAGCCCUUAUGAGCUGGCCCGGAACCAGUCCCUGCUAGUGGAUCAGACAGGCUACCGCUCCAAGCGUAAACCUGCACUAAAGACAGCCAUGAAGACCAAGAAAAUCUUUGGCUGGGGGGACUUCUACUUCAAUGUCAAGACCGUGAAGUUCAGCCUGUUGGUGACAGGGAAGAUUGUGGACCACAUCAAUGGGACUUUUACUGUUUAUUUUCGCCACAACUCCUCCAGCCUGGGGAAUGUGUCGGUCAGUAUCGUGCCACCAACCAAAGUGGUUGAGUUUGAGGUCCUUCAGCAGCAUCAUCUGCACCCCCACACCCAGCAGGACGUCCAGAUCCAGGAGACACAGCAGUCCACCAUCGAUCCAAAAGAGGCAAAGACCUUAAACUGUCGGGUCGAGUACGAGAAAACCAACAGAUCCAAGAAAUCCAAACCCUGCCUGUAUGAUCCGUCUCAGACCUGCUUCACAGAGCACACCCAGUCCCACGCUGCUUGGCUUUGUGCUAAACCUUUCAAGGUGAUCUGCAUCUUCAUCUCUUUCUUCAGCAUUGAUUAUAAGCUGGUUCAGAAAGUGUGUCCAGACUACAACUUCCAAAGCGAUCACCCUUACUUUGGAUAAAGUAAACGAGACUAAAUAGAGAAUAAAAGAGACACUGAUGAGUAAAAUGAUAAUGAUGGAAAUGAUAGUCAUACUGAUCCUGUUAAAAAAAAGCAGGGGACAGUUUUUUUUGCCUCUAAACAGCUGUGAAUUGUGGAUUUAAAUCAUGUAUAUUCAGACUUAUGGAUGAUUAGGAUGUGGCUGAUUUCACUGACGUCUUUUCCAACUUUGUAUUUGUUCUGUUUUUCUUUGUUUUCUUUUGUUUUCUGUAAAUAUUGUACUCAACCCCAGCAGACUUAUUGUUUUUAGAUAUUUGUUUCUUAGUGUCAUUUCUUUCUGAAGUUGGAGGCUUGGUUACAAACAGCUGGAAUCAGUAUUAUGCCCUUCGAGUACAAAGUAAGCCUCUGAGGCAGCCGAACAGUGCCAUCGCUGUAUGGCAAACGUAAUGUUAUGGUAGACUGACUGUUAAUCAUCCUCUCAGCUCUACAUUUAAACCCUGGAUAUAAGAGAGUUAUAUGUAUGAGAAAUGCCAUGCUGGAUAUGCAUACAAUAUACUGUAUGAAAAAGCACAUUAAAAUCUCUUAAACUGUCUGCCUUUUACUGAGUGAAUGUUUUGGUUCAGAGCUUGAAGCAAAUUUGCAAGGCGCAAGCUGUGCAGCGUUUUCAUGUUAUCUAACUCAGCAAGGACACUAUUAUGAAUUAAGCUACAUUUUACUCUGAUUAGGAAUUCAUGUUCCAGCUUUCAGCUAAGAUAUGUAAUUUUAAUUUUCUCAAAUAUAUCGAAGGAAAGUUUGUUA